UCUUGGUUUGUUUACGUCGAUCAGCUGCGAGGCGGGCAAGGCGAGGCUGGCAUGUGCUCCUUGGUGUUGUCUGCGAGGCCUUCCUGUUACCCGCAUGCCAACUUACCUUUUGCCUUAUAAUGUGCCUCGCUCCCGUGAAGGUUUAGGUGUAGAACAUUAGGUUAAGUUUUGCUGCAAUGGAAUUAUUUUGAUCACGACCAGUGCCAAGCUGUGAGUUUUCUGACCAUGAUUAGACAACUGGUGGUGCGUGGCGCCUCAGAGGCUUUGUGCCGCUGCCAGGCAUCCCUCUCCACUUUCCAUGCACUGUCUGCAAGAACAAGGGGCAAUGAUGAUAUAUGGGAGAGGGCAUACCAACAGACAGUGCCAAGAACCAUGGAAGAAAUGACCAACCUGCUGAAGCAAGAAGUGGUAUCACCACCAAACUCUCACCUCCUGAAGGUGGCCAUCGUGGGCAUGCCAAACUGUGGCAAGAGUACACUAGUCAACAAACUCAUGGGCUGGAAGGUGUGCAGUUCCUCCCAAAAGGUGCACACUACUCAAGUUAAUGCCCGGGCUGUGUACAAUAUAGGCUCUACUCAAAUGGUUUUCCUUGACACCCCUGGACUUGUCUCACCACAGGAAGUUGCAAGGCACAAGUUACAGCGGAACCUCCUGACUGAACCUGAGCUGUCUCUUCAAGAGGCUGACCUCCUUGCAGUGGUGCAUGACAUCUCCUGCCACUUCACACACAGUAACCUCCACUCCCGCCUGGUACGCCUGCUGGCCCUCCAUCCAACCAUCCCAGCAGUACUUGUCCUCAAUAAGGUGGAUCUACUCAAGUCCAAGGGAAAUCUUCUGCACAUCACCCGCAUCCUUACAGAGGGAGUUAUUGGUGGACGAAGGUUCUUUCAUAAAACUGAAAGGUCUGGUGAAGUAAAAAAAGAGGUGUUGAUCAGAAGAGCUUUGUUGCAAGAGAAAUUUUCAGCUUCCCAAGACCAACCUUCAUCACAACCUCAUCUUUAUGAUAAUGAUAGUGUCAACAGAACCUGUGAAAGUGAGAAUGGAGGAAAUAUUGUCCAGACUCCAGAGGUUGGUGAGGGGAGGGACAAUUUACUGAACACUGCAUAUGACAUUUCACACAUAAAGGAGAGUGAUAUCCUGGCAGGGAGAGUGCACCUCACUGAACAUCAGGUCCAGACCUUUGUAAAGGACCGCAGAUCAUGGCCACUGUUUGAUGAUGUGUUCAUGAUAUCAGCUCAAGAUGGGACAGGAGUGGAUGACUUAAGAGACUUCUUGUUAUCUUGUGCACAACCACAGCCUUGGAUCUUCAGUCCCAAGGUGGUGACUGACCAGAAGCCAGAGGAGAUUGCCUUGAUGACAGUAAGGGAAAAGUUUCUGGAGCAGUUCAAGGAGGAGAUUCCUUAUACAUUGAAAUUCUCUAUUGAGUACUGGGAGCUCACUGAGACUGAAUUGCUGAGCAUCAUUGUAAAGGUGCAGUGUGUCAAGAAAGGACUUGUUCGGGUGCUUCUGGGAAACCGAGGGAGCAUAAUUGCCUCAAUGGCCCAAAAGGCAGAACAGGAUCUUCGCAACAUCUUUAGGAGUGAGGUCAAGCUUCGCCUCAAUGUUGUGUAUGAUCGCUUCCUGAAGAGGAAAAUAGCCAAUAGAUAAAUGGUGUGAAUAUUAGCUGUAAGAAAUGUGUUUUCUGUGUAUAAAUAAUGUACAUAACUUUCCUUU